AUGAUAUUACUUUUAGGAGUUCCCGAAGCACGGCAAGCCGCAUCAGCAACACGAGCUGCAAGAAGUUCGUCAGCAGAAAGACCAGCAGCUAAUACGAAUAUACUCCAUGGACCAUCUGGAUUGGCAAUCAUCUCGGUACCGGACACUGCGGUACUUCACGGACCAUCCGGUGCAUCAAUAAUUUCAACGGCUACAGCCACACCGCAACAUGCCGCCGCUUCAACUCCUCAACUGCAAGCUACAGAAGCACAUCCAGAACAGCAAGCGAUACCUAGAUCAGCAAAUACUGAGGUGUCAUCUGGUCCCACAACUGUAGCGACUCCUAACACCGCUGUACAACACGGACCCUCCCGCACUGGAAUUAUUUCGACAAGCGCAACCACUACAUCUGAAGUUGCAAUGAAAGUUGUGGAGACGCGCGUCACAGAGAUGCAGGAACGAGAAACGGCGAUUAGACCAGCCAACACCGACGUGCUCCAUGGACCAACAGGUCCCACAGUAUUAGCAACACCCAACACUGCAGUACUACACGAGUCAUCUGGUACAGCAACUAUUUCGACGGCGGGUGUAGCAGCCAUGUCGACGGUGGCAGCAACACCAAGUAGUGAACACGUAAGCACUGCCGUUCCCAUUGGAUCGCCCUGCGGACGAGUCACGCGUCACAUACCGCAAGGUCCAUCAGCAAUUCCUACUGACUUGCUCAUGAUCCACAAGAUUCAAGACAAGGCUCCUGCCAUUACCCGCGGCCGUAGCGUCUCUAAAGCCCGACGAGUUAGCCGAUCUCAGUCUCGAGGUAAACCACAAACUGAUGUAAGGACUGCGCAAAGUACCAGUAAGGGUGACGUACCGACUCCAGCUGCCCGACGUAGGAGCAGAAGUAUACCAUCUGUGUGGACCGCGAAAAGCGCUCCUAGAACUCGCACAUCAAGCACUACACCUCCACCUCCUAAUCGCUCAGCCGAAGUGAGGACCGCAAUGAGUACCACCAAGCGCGAAGUUUCGACAUCACGGCGUAGGAGUAGAAGCAUACCAUCUGCAAAGACCGCCAGAAGCGUUCCGAGAACUCGCUCAUCAAGUGCUACACCUCCACCUCCUGAACGCUCAGGACGUUCUGAUAUAAGUGCACCCGCCGAAGUGAGGACUGCACGAAGCACCACCAUGCGCGAGGGAUCGACUUCAACUGCACGGCGUAGGAGUAGAAGCAUACCAUCAGUACGAACGGCAAGAAGCGCUCCUAGAACGCGUGCAUCAAGUGCCAGUUCAACUCCUCCUCCGGCUCUGUCGCGGAAAUCCAAGCUUGAGACAGCGAAUAUUAGCAGGUCUACUGACCACUCUAGAAGUGUCGAGGUACAGGGUGACGCCAGUACUUCAAAGAGUACCAGUGUGCCCAAGAUAUCGACAUCAUCAGCGCGAUCCAAACGCAAAAGCAGAGCUACGGAUGUCAGUACUGCAAGAAGUACAUCUAUCCCACGUACAUGGAAAAGUGUGCGAGAUUUAUCGGCUGCGAAUUCAGCAUCUACUGAGCGCAAAAGCAAAGAAUCGACAGAGAGGAGAACAGCAAGAAGUCGUAGCACAUCCUGGCCGCCAACAUGGAGUGCGACCACCCCACCCACAGCUAUGUCGAAGCGAUCGCAUAUGAAAACAACACCCGGAAAUUCUAUUGACCGCUCUAGGCAAGCGAGUGCUGAAAAACAAGAAGAUAUCAGAACCGCACGAAGCCCAAAGACACACAAGACGAGAACUAUCACACGUACCACUGAGAUUACAACUAUAAAAACUACGACGAAGACUUCGAAUGAUGGAAAACCAGCAGAAACAACGCUCAGAACUAAACAGAGUGAAACGAAAACGGCCCGUUUGGCAGCGUCUCCUGGGUUGCCAGGGCGCUCAACAAGGACAGCACUAACUCAUACCGACUUCUUUUCACCUACGUCAGCUUCUGGAAGGAAACCAGUAGCUGGAAACGAUAAAGAAGGCUGGAAUCUUGCCAGAAAUGCCAGCAGCGAUCCGGCCGCAUCUCCACGUGUAGCCACAGCUCGAAGCCGAACACCACCUAGAGCGAUGGCAGCCGGUCGAGCCAGUUCGCCGAAAAUUAACACGGCAAGAUUGCCAUCAUCUACCGAAGUAAUAGUGGAGACGGUGGAGAAGAGAACAGUCGAGAGGGAAAUUGAUGAGAUGCUCGAUAAAGCUCGUAGCGCUCAUUUAAAAGAAAGUGCUCCACGUCAGGCUACAACACAACGUUUGUUUUACCUUUUAUAG